AUGGAUUCCGAUAGCAAAAUCAAGGCAUAUCGUAUAGUCGGUUAUGCGGCCGUAGUAUUCUCAACCUGUGCUAUUCUAUCCGUAUGUGUCACAUUACCGGUCGUCUAUCACUAUGUGCAGAAAGUUCGUCGACAAAUGCAAGGCGAAAUGCUACAGUGUCAGAUAAAUGCCAGAUCUCUGUGGUCUGAUGUAAGGACUUUUCGCGACACCUCCAAUCAGACGUUCGUUCGUGGCGCACGCGAAGUUGAAGUAUACGGAGUUGAGGCAGAUGCUGAAGUGAACCAGGUGAGCAACACUGUGGAGGAAGAUAAAUGCGAUAAUUGCUGUCUGCCUGGACCAGAAGGACCAGUGGGACAACCUGGAAGGCCAGGAAAACAUGGAAUCCCCGGAACAGCAGGAAUGCCAGGGAAACCAGGACGUGCACCAACACAACCAUGCGAACCGUUCACACCUCCACCAUGUCCACCUUGCCCACAAGGACGUCAGGGACCUCAAGGUCCAGCAGGACCACCUGGUAAUAGCGGACUUCCCGGAGACGUAGGACCUAAAGGUGAACCAGGACCACCAGGUGCACCUGGUGUUCAGGGUAGACAGGGCGCUCCCGGCAUGUUAGGAAAAACUGGACCUGCUGGUGAACCUGGCGAACCCGGAGUCGUUGAGACUCCUAAGCCUGGACCGAAAGGAGAACAAGGAGAUCCUGGACUGGAAGGAUUACGUGGACCUCCUGGACAAGCGGGUAACGAUGGGAAACCUGGUUCUCCAGGAGAGGUUGGACCUCCGGGUGAACCAGGACUGCAUGGUGACGAUGGCAGUCCAGGCAAUAGUGGAAGAGCAGGGAAUCCCGGUCGUCCUGGAGAACGAGGGAUUUGUCCAAAGUAUUGUGCUGAGGAUGGUGGCAUAUUUUUCGAAGAUGGGACAACUCGUUGA